AUGACUGGACGGUUCCAGGUGAAGCAUCUAAGGGGCGUGGUUUCAAGUGUAAUGGGUGGAUUUUGUGCUCUUGUGGGCGUGGCCUAUCCUCUGGUGGGUGGGGUUCAUGCUCAGUUCAAAGCCGAGAUCAUCCAAGACCGUGACCAAGACCAAGGUCACGUCUUCACUUCGGUCUCCUCUGUGAUCCAAGGUGAACAUGAAGAACUACUCCACCUGCCCCCCUUCGACUCUGCAUCUAUCCAUGAGGACUCUGAGCUGUGGCUUCUGGUCCGAGGCAGAGACCCAGACUCAGACCAAGACCUGGUCUUAAACCAGACCAGACUCAGAUUCAAACCCGGGACCCAGACCACCCUGAUCCAGACCGAUCAGCCCCGAUACAAACCUGGAGACCGGGUCAGAAUCCGGGUCCUGUCCUUCCAACGGACAGAUGGAAGGGGAAUCAACAGCACCAAGGAUGUAUACAUCAAGGACCCUGGGGGAAACCUGCUCAGACAGUGGUUGUCCAUGGACAGUUUUUAUGGAGUCUCGUCGCUUGAGUUUCAACUUUCUCCAAGUCCUCCUCUGGGAGAAUGGACCAUCUCAGCCAUCGUACAGGGGGUGUCCACAGAGAAGCACUUCCAUGUGGACCUUUACACUCUGCCAAAGUUUCAAGUGGAGAUCCACGCUCCCAAAACAAUCCACCUCAAAGACACGCUCAUGGGAACUGUCACCGCCAAACAUUUUCACGGGAAAUACGUCCAAGGAACUUUGAGGCUCACUUUCAUCCACCACUCACACCGCCGCCAGGAAACCUUCCACCAGACGAGCUGGUUUGAUGGAAAACAUCAUUUUCAUUUUAAUAUUCCACAAAUGAACUUUUCAAAUGUGAGGAUGAGUUUCUAUGACGACUACGAGGAAGAAUACUUGGAGAUACAUGCAGAAGUCACUGAGUCCAUGACAGGCCUUCAGUAUAAUUCCUCGGCGACUGUGGAUUUGGCAGAACAUUUGUAUAAACUUUCCUUUGUGGGACAUCGGCACCUGCUCCGGCCUGGAUCCACCUUCCACGUCCUGUUGAAGGUGCAGAGAUUUGAUGGAGCUCCUCCUCAUGAGUCCUACCUGCCCAAAGUCCAGGUCUCAGUCCUGCAACAGAAAACCACCCCUUGGACUUGGGUCUGGACACCAAUGCAGGGACUGGACCUAAACCAUGGACCGGACCAAGACCGUGGACCGGACCAGGACAGUGGGCCGGACCAAAACCACGGACCGGACCAAGACCAUGGACUGGACCAGGACGAGGACAAGGAGGAGAUGGAGCUGAGCGUUCCAGAAGAUGGAAUCAUACCUCUCUCCAUAAAACUCAGAGAAGACACACAAACGCUCACUUUAGACGCUUCGUUCGAUGACAGUUCUACCACACUGAUGGUUCACAGUUCUCACGCGUCUCCAUCCGGAUCCUACCUGCAGAUCCAACCCCCAACCUCACCUGCACAGGCUGGUUCUCGUGUGACUCUGAGAAUCUGGAGUAGCUUUGACCUCCACACAUACCGCUACCUGAUAUUGUCUCAGGGCCGUGUGGUCUUGGGAGGUUCUUUUUCUGGAGACCUGAUCCUGGACUUGGACCCGGACUGGUCUCCGCCGGUCUUUGUUCUGGUCUUUGUGGUUCUUCCUCACGGAGAGAUCGUCAUGGACCGAAUCCAACUGCACAUCAAGCACCACCUCAAGAACCAUGUGUCACUGAAAUGGAGCAAUAACACAUUGAAGCCUCACGAGGUUGCUACUCUCAGGGCGUCGGUGUUAGAGCCACACUCAUUGGUGGGAAUCCUGGUGGUCGACAUGGCAACGAUGAGAGACUCCGCCCACAACGACAUCACAAAACAUCAGGUUCUGCAGGAGAUGGGGAAACUGGACCCUCUUCAGAAGGACCCUCAUGAGGACGAGAUGAUGAUGCAGAUGGGAGACCCCCACUCUCUGUUCACGGAGUUGGGUCUUGUGGUUUUGACCAAUGCCUUGUACGGAGAGGUCCAUAACCCUUUGAUGCCAUUUUUACCAGGGGCGCUCCCAGAGAUAGUGGCGUUUGACUCACCUGGACCAGGCCAAACCGGACUAGGACAAAACCAGGUCUACACCAGGACCCACUUCCCUGAGACCUGGAUCUGGACAGACCUCUUCACUGGAAACCAGACCACAGCAGAUGUGUCGGCUCUGACCCCAGACAGCAUCACGUCCUGGGUCGCCACGGCCUUCGUCAUGUCCCCGAUUCUGGGGAUCGGCAUUGUGGAUCUCCCUGUCAAGUUGACGGUGUUCCAGGACUUCUUCUUGUCUCUGAAUCUUCCUCCGUUCAUCGUCAGAGGAGAGGAGCUUCUACUGGAGAUCCACGUGUACAACUACAAGUACCAAAACCUCACGGUGGAGGUAGAAGUGGAGAGCCCCGGAAAUCUGGAAUUCCUGAAUGGCUUUGUGCACUCGGAGGUUCAGACUGUGAUGGUGAAACACAAUGGAGCCGCCUCUGUCCGGAUCCCAGUCCGAGUGCACUCUGUCGGGGACGUGCUGCUGUCUGUGAGGGCCCAAGCUCCAGGGGCCUCUGACCACAUUCAGAGGACCCUUCACGUCAAGGCUGAAGGUGUCCCUCAGAGCUUCACAGUCUCCAGACUCUUGGUUCUUACGAAGCUCCAGCCCAAAGUCGAGGAGCAGAUUCACUUCACCAUCCCAGAGCACGCCGUCCCGGGCAGCUGCCAAGUCUGGGUCAGCACCGUAGGUGACGUUCUGGGCGUGGCCAUGGAGGGCCUGGACUCUCUGAUCCAGAUGCCCUCAGGCUGUGGGGAGCAGAACAUGAUUCAUCUGGCUCCUAUGGUCUACCUGCUCCAGUACCUCCGGGCCAGCGGAGAGACGCAGGGGGCUGACGUGGAGAGGGCCCUACAGCUCAUGAGAAUGAGUGGGUGCAGCAGUAGUUUUGCCUCAGUGAAGGCCGAAGGUCGAGGACUUCUGCUCUUCCAGGUGAACGUGGUGUAUAAUGAGCUCUUUGAUUGGCCAAUGAGGAGGAAGCGUUUCUCAGAUCCAGAUGAAGAAUUCUACCUGCAGGUGACCACCUCGGAGCUCCGCCCCCUCCACCUGUACCUGACUGUGUGCUUCAGGUUGGCGUCCUCCUCGGCUCUCCUCUCCACAGGCAUGGCUCUCCUGGACGUGCAGCUACUCACUGGAUUCUUUCUCAAACCUCAGACCACCUUUGAUCUACACCUAGUGAAGAAAGUCGAGACCAACAGCACCAGCGGCCACCUCUACUUCUACCUCGACUCUGUGACUCUGGAGCUGCAGUGCGUGAGGAUUCCUCUUAUUCAGGAGUUUCCAGUCGGCCGAGUCAAAGAAGGAUCAGUCCAACUGUACGACUACUACCAACCAAGUCGCAGGGCAGUGAGAUCUUAUUCCUCUGACCUCUUGAGAUCCUCGUCUUGUAGUUUCUGUGGCUCCAACUCCUCCAUCCAAGCGUCCACCCAGAUGCCCUACCACCCAACCCCUACGCCCUACUACUACUACUAUUACAACUACUACCACAACCACACAACCCCAACCCCUUCACACUACUACUACGAAGUACUGGACUACUAUGAAGACUACUACGAAGACUACCACCCCUACCUCCAUGAGAACGGCAUCCCUCACUCGCACAGUCACUACCACUACUACUACGAUUACUACCAUCACCAUCACCAUGACUACCAUCACUAUGACUACUACCACGACCAUGACUACUACAACGAUGACCAUGAAGACAUGUUCAGCAGCGCCGCAUCCAUCAGCUCCCUCAGCUCCCUCAGCUUCCCUCUGCUUCUGCUGGCUCUGCUCGCACCCGGGAAAUAUGGUGCGGCCUGGGCCCCACCCUGGAGUCUGGUGUGGACCUGUGGACUUACCACCUGCAGAGAGGUUCAUAGGGGCAAAGGGGACUGGGCGGCAGUCAGGGACGGGUGUCUCAACAACCCAGCCCACAGACACAGCAUCUGGAUGUGGCGGCAUGGAAUGUCACCUCGCUGGUUGGGAAAGGAGCCUGAGCUCAUGCAGAAGGUUGAGAGGGUCUUCAACUCACACCGGAAGAGCUUUUCCCAGAUCCUGGGGGACAUUGAGUCCGAGUGGACCAUGUUCUCCGCCUCCAUUGUCGAUCUGGCUGGUCGCAACUAUGGUCGCAAGGACUCUGGUGCCUGUCGCGGCGACAAUUCCUGA